CUGAACGUGGGCCUGGGCUGCCCCGCGGCAGCCGGAGACUCCGGGGCGCCCGGGGUCGCCAUAGCAACGCGCGGCCGCCCCUCGUUCCCACCCCUUUUCUCCCCCACCCUGGGGCCUAAUGGCCGAGGGCUUGCGGUCUGACGGCUUCUCGGGAGCCAAGGCAGGGCCGGUCGGGGUGUCGCUCCCAGGUCUGGGGGACAGGCGAGGACGGGUGAUGACUUUUCAGGUUUGGGGGUGGGGGAGGGAAGACGCGUCUCAAGUUUUGACCUUCGGCCGGAGAGGAGCGACGAUGCAGCGCGGAAUCCCGGCUACAAAAGACCCCACAGCUGUAGAGAGAGCAAACUUGUUAAACAUGGCUAAACUGAGUAUCAAAGGACUCAUUGAAUCUGCCCUAAGCUUUGGCCGCACUUUGGAUUCUGACUAUCCCCCCUUGCAGCAGUUCUUUGUUGUUAUGGAACAUUGUCUGAAACACGGUCUUAAAGUAAGAAAAUCAUUUUUGAGUUAUAACAAAACUAUCUGGGGUCCUUUGGAACUUGUAGAGAAGCUGUACCCAGAAGCAGAGGAAAUAGGAGCCAGUGUCAGGGAUUUACCUGGUCUUAAGACCCCCUUGGGUCGUGCAAGAGCAUGGCUUCGAUUAGCCCUCAUGCAAAAAAAAAUGGCUGAUUACUUGCGUUGCUUAAUUAUUCAAAGGGAUCUCUUGAGUGAAUUCUAUGAAUAUCAUGCACUAAUGAUGGAAGAAGAAGGAGCAGUAAUUGUCGGGCUGCUGGUUGGCCUGAACGUGAUAGAUGCUAAUCUGUGUGUAAAGGGAGAGGAUUUAGACUCACAAGUUGGAGUGAUUGAUUUUUCCAUAUAUUUAAAGAAUGAAGAAGAUACUGGAAAUAAAGAAAGGAAUGUUCAAAUUGCUGCCAUAUUAGACCAGAAGAAUUAUGUUGAAGAAUUAAAUAGACAACUGAACAGCACAGUCAGCAGUCUUCAUUCAAGAGUUGACUCAUUAGAAAAGUCAAACACUAAGCUGAUUGAAGAGUUAGCAAUAGCAAAGAAUAAUAUCAUUAAACUCCAAGAAGAAAAUCAUCAAUUACGAAGUGAAAAUAAAUUGAUUUUAAUGAAAACACAGCAACACUUAGAGGUUACCAAAGUGGAUGCGGAAACUGAGCUUCAAACAUAUAAGCAUUCUCGGCAGGGGCUAGAUGAAAUGUACAAUGACGCCAGAAGGCAGCUUCGAGAUGAAUCUCAGUUACGACAGGAUGUGGAGAGUGAGCUAGCAGUACAGGUUAGCAUGAAACAUGAGAUUGAACUUGCCAUGAAGCUGUUGGAGAAAGAUAUUCAUGAGAAGCAAGAUACACUUAUUGGCCUUCGACAACAACUAGAGGAGGUUAAAGCAAUUAACAUAGAGAUGUAUCAAAAGUUGCAGGGUUCCGAAGAUGGUUUGAAAGAAAAAAAUGAAAUAAUUUCCCGACUAGAAGAAAAAACCAAUAAAAUUACUGUAGCCAUGAGGCAGCUGGAACAAAGAUUGCAGCAAGCAGAGAAGGAGCUGAUGGAAUCUGAAGAUGAGGACAAGAAAUACCUACAAGAAUGUCAGAGUAAAUCCGACAGUCUGCAGAAACAAAUCUCCCAAAAGGAGAAACAGCUGGUGCAGCUGGAAACUGAUUUGAAGAUUGAGAAGGAAUGGAGGCAGACUCUGCAGGAAGACCUUCAAAAGGAAAAAGAUGCUUUAUCUCUUCUUAGAAAUGAGACCCAACAAAUCAUUAGUCUUAAAAAAGAGUUUCUUAACAUCCAGGAUGAAAAUCGGCAGUUGAAAAAAAUAUAUCAUGAACAGGAGCAAGCUCUUGAAGAACUUGGCAACAAACUUAGCGAAUCAAAACUUAAAAUAGAAGAUAUAAAAGAAGCCAACAAAGCACUGCAGGGACUGGUUUGGUUGAAAGACAAAGAAGCCACACACUGUAAACUUUGUGAAAAGGAAUUCUCACUCUCUAAAAGAAAGCACCACUGUAGAAACUGUGGGGAAAUUUUCUGUAAUGCUUGCUCUGACAACGAGCUGCCAUUGCCUUCAUCACCAAAGCCAGUACGGGUUUGUGAUUCCUGUCAUGCACUGCUAAUUCAGAGAUGCUCAUCUAACUUGCCAUAGGACUCCAGAACUAAAUCCUUAUGUAGGAAAGUAUCUAUGAUGAAUGUUAUAUGUGAAUGUACAUAUUCAGACAGCCCUUCUUAAGCUGCUUUCAGACAGUAUUGGUACCAAUUUUAUCUCCUACAUAUUCAUGGGAAGAGCUGUGUAAUUUGCUGUUUCCUUUUCACAUUGUGGUUCAAAGAAUUUUCAACAGGGCAUGCUUUAAAAUAAUUUCAGCCUAAUUCUUAAUUGAUAUUAAUCAUGUGACUUUUAAUGCCAUCGAAAGGCCUGACAACAUAACACACACACACCUGCCUUAUUUUGUAAAGGCUUUCUUAAAAAUAGGACUUCAAUCGUUUUAUUCUCGUCAAGUUGGUAUUUGAUGGUGCCUGUAAUUUUCUUAAUGCACUUUAAAGCUUCAUGGUUCUCAGAGAAGACUGGAAAUGGGUAGAACUUUUUACUAGUCGUAAUAUUCCAGUUCAACAGAUUUUCAUCAGCUUGGUAAGAUUUCAGUCUAACUCUUGUUUGCCCUUUUGCCACCAUUUUCUUUGCCCAUUUUGCAUUAGAAAAGGCCAAUAUAAAGUUAAAUUCCUUUUGGGUUUCCUCUUACAUAAUCAAUGUACUGUGCAUACUGUAUCUUUUGAUACUUUCAGUUGAAGUUAUUAUUUUGCCUUAAAAUUUUUCCCAUACUUCCAUCCUUUUAUGUUACUACUUGUGGAUCUUCCUGUAAGCUACCCAACUAGCUAAAUUGCUAAUUUUUUUAGGGAAGCCUCACACCACUUUUCAAAUAAAAGUUGAAAACAUGAAUCUUUACUCAGAAAAAAAUGUAAUAGAGGAUGGGAUUACUAGGCUUCUGCUUGAUAUUCCUAUGGAUUAAAGGAUAAAUCUUAAGUACAGUUAAAACUUUUGCCUUUAAUAUGACAGACCUGAGUUACUGAAAUUUUAUAGUACAUUUCUAUUACUGUAACUUUUAGGAAGCAUUACAUUGUAGUGUUCUACUACUGCACCAUAUAUACAGAGUAAAAAAAUUCACUAUCCUGAGCACUUGUAAACUGGGUGUUGGGCAGAUGCAGUAUCACCCGUUAUGAAAUACAUACUUGAAAUAUUUCAAGCAUGGAAGAUUCAGUUAACACUAAUCCUACUGUUGCUUUUGACAAAUUAAGAAAUUAAUCUAUAAAACUAGCCAUGCACUUUUAAGUCAGUGACCCUUUUCAAUGUCCUAUAGUAAUCCUACCUUAUUCCUUAGGAGCAUUGUAUUUAGUGAAUCAGCCAUCUCCAUACCCCUUAAGAUAGGGUUGCGUAUCCUUUCCUUAAGAGUAUGUUCUUUUAUUAAGGUUUAAAAUUAAUAUUCUAAAUUGCCAAUGUAUGAAACCUGUUUUUACUUCAAGAUUUUUCUUCAUAAUCCAGUCACGCUUUUGAGGUCAACUAGAACUGACAGAUUUUUAGGCAGUCUUUCUUGAAUGCUGAUUGAUAGAAAUGUUUUCAAGACAUAUGAAUUAUAUUCUUGAAGUGUUUUGUAUUGAUGGGAUGAUUAACUUUUUAUGAUAAAAACGAAAAGCAAAGAUUAAAAAUUUUAAGUAUGAGGUAUUUUUUAAUACUGUGCUUAGAACAAAUUU